AUGCCCUCGGAAGAGAUGCUCAAUCCUACGGGCCAGCUUGCUCUUCAUGUCACGCUUCGCAUUGACGCCUCACAAAUUCCCUCCUUCCUAGCUGCACUCCGCCCAGUCUGGGAAUCCUGCAUCCAUGAGCCUGAAUGCGUCUUCUUCGACGUGUCCCACUCACUCACGGAGCCGGGAACAUUCCGCUUCGUGGAAGUCUGGAAGGGUGAUCAGAAGUGGUUUGAAGACGUUCAGGCAAAGAAGGAAUAUUAUGCGCCGUAUCUGGAGAUGACGAAGCCCAUGUGGGUUGGGCAACGGGAGUUGGUGUUCACCGAAAGGGUAGAGGGGUGGAGUUACGCCAACGAGGCGUACCUGGAGAGGACUAUUAGGGAGUAG